AUGUCAUCGCAAACUCCUGAUGUCAAUGCUCUGUUGCACAACAUGUGUGCACAGAUCUUGGCGUUAACUACGCAACUCGCCGAGCUCCAAGCAAACCCCCCUGCAGCAACCCCCUCGGUCGAGAAAAAGUUCAAUAAGAAAGUUGAAGUCGUCGCUGAUCCUGGCGCCUUUGAAGGAGACAGAGCAAGAUUCGCCAAAUGGUGGAUCAAGCUCCAGAUUUGGAUCAAGGCAAACUGGGAAGCGUUUGCCGAUGAUUUUGAGGAGUGCUACACCGCGGGAGUGUGGCCUGUCUGGGAAGAUCUCAAAGGAAACAUGAGGACAGAUGACUACAUUACCCGGUUCCUGGCCCUCUCCAUCCAAGGAGGGCUUGGAAAUGAACAUGCAGUAGGACUGCUGGAACGCAAUGUGAACCCUCACAUUGCAGAACAGAUCUAUCUGCAGGAUACCAGAAACGGGAACUUGGCCCUGGCGGCUGAGGAAGUACAACAAGUCGGUAGAGCCAUGGAGCUCUACGCUAUGCAUCAAAGUGGCGGGUCCACCACCAAAAAUAACUUUUCCCAGAGGAGCCCUGGGUCAUCAAACCAAAAACACAAUCACUCUCACGGGUUCAAGCCGUUCGGGCUGCAACCAGGGCAGGGAGCCCCUAUGGAUAUUGGCGCGGUCCAGGGAGGACAGAUGCGCAGAUUCAAGGGCAGCUGCUACAAUUGCGGGGUGCAGGCCACCCAACAAGAAAAUAACCAAGGGCGCCAGGUGCGCCAAUUAGAAACAGAAAAACUGGACAAUUGGCUCAAUACUCUGGCCGGUUGUUCAUACGACAAAAUCCGAGCCUUCUCAUACAACCAACAGGUUGCUGAAAUGAAGACUCAGGGAAAAGAGUUCGGAGCCUAG